UGAGGCAGCGCAGAGGACUCGGGUGUUUCCGUCGCGGCUCGGCUUCUGGCAGUGAACCGCUGUGGAUGUGGGAAUGCGGUUGCCCGAGGCAGCAGCGGGCAUUGCUGGACACUCGGCGGAGAUGUGCGCACAGAAACAGGAGCCCUCAGCGGUUGGCUGUCGUCCAAGUUAAGGGGCUGUUUUUGGGGGAUGUGGGUGGGGAGCCCUGGAUGGCUGGGUGUCGCUCGGAACAGAUCGAGCUGCUGGGUUGUUUUUCCCCCUCACAUUUUUCUUGGGAUUUUCUAUCUUGCAAAGGGAGAGAGGGAAUGAGACAGAAAGCAAGGAUUCCCCAGCAGCACUAUGGAGCCACGCAUUGCAGGCAGCUGUAGAAGGUGACGGUGACAUAAAAUGAAAGCAUCUGACCCUCAGCUGUAAACUCUGACCUGCUGCUGCUGCUGCUGCUCAUUUGAGUGACGAUAUCUACCAACAGAUCUGCAAAUGUUUCCAAAUUGUGGAGUUUGUGAAGUCAACAACAGCAGCAUCAUGUUCUACGGCUCUUCCUCUGGGGCUAGUAUGUCCCUCCCCUCCAAGAGCCGCCUAAAACGCCAGAGCAGGACCUUCACACAGGUCCUCUACCGCACUCUGAGUUACAGAGACCGGGUCCCUGUAGAAACUGGAACAAACACUCGUGGGGACCGGCGGUCAACGACUGAACCCCCAGAGCGGCCAGCAGAUGAUCCAGCUGAGCUCUCCACACAGAGCUCGGCCCCCGGAGUGCUGAAGAUUUUUGGAGAUGAAAUUUGUGCCGGUGCCAACUACAAGAGCGUCCUGGCCACGCCGCGCUCCAGUGCUCAGGAACUGGUCAAAGAGGCUCUCGAGCGAUACUCGCUCAACAAGAAUGCUGCCCACUCUUACGUCCUGUGUGACGUGAUUGGACGUUUUGAGGGGCUAGAUGGGAUCGGAGGAGUGGGAUGGCGAACUGAGUGUUUGCGUGCGCUGGGGGACAAUGAAAAGCCGCUGUUGCUCCAAGAGCUGUGGAAACCUCGAGAAGGACACGCUCGCAGAUUUGAGCUGCGAAGGAGAGCAGAGGUGGAGGAACUCAACGCCAAGGAAAAGGAUACCAUCACUGCUGACAUUAAUGCUCAGGCUCGUAAGCUCCAGAGGAACAGGGCGAAAGGGACACUGACCCUGCCCCGGUCCAGCAACUCAUCCUUCUGCCGCAGCCUCAGCGAGACCAGCCUCAACCAGCUGGGAAUAGGGGACGAACCAAAGCGCUAUUACUCCACUCUGCCAGGACCCUUAAGGGCACGAGAACGUGAGGCAGCCUCAGGCUGCAGGAGGAAAGAGGAGAGCAGUCAGGGAGGAGGGGUGAGGCACUCGCUGUACCAGUCUCCACACCUCCUGCUGCUACAGGGAUACAAUCGACAGGACUGUUUGGUGUACCUGCUGAACAGAGAGCAGCACACAGUUGGUCAGGAGACCCCGUCAGCUCGCCCCAACAUCUGCCUUUUUUCUCCCGACAUCCUGCCCCUCCACUGCCGCCUGCGCCGAGUCCCCGCACCCCGCCGUCAUGCCAACAACAACAAAGGAGAAGAGGAGAGCCAGCGGUUUUGUGUCGCCGUUGAGCCAGUUCUCCAUGCCACGGUUCUAGUGAACUUCUCCCGCUGCGAGCGCUCCACCACGCUGCGACACGGUGACCUCCUAUCCUUCGGAGCGCAUUACAUCUUUCUGUAUAAGGACCCAACGGGCGCUAAGCCUCUUCCUGCUCAGACCCUGGCACGCCUCCGCUCCCUGGGGCAGCUGUACGACAUUGGGGCGGAGGAGGGAGAGAGCGGGGCUCAGACUUGUAAGAUGUGUGGUUCUGUGCUGAAAGACAGAGCAGCCCAGGUGUCGAGUGUUCCAGCAGUAAGACGCAGCUUCAAACCUCACCUGGUGAAACCUCGCAGCGGGGGGACGGCAGCAGCAGGGCCCCUGAGUUUGUCGGGAGGGGAGGGUGGAGGUGGAGGAGGAGGAGGAGGAGGAGGAGGAGGAGGAGGAGGAGGAGGAGGAGGAGGAGGAGGAAGAGGAGGUCAGAAAAGAAGGCUACAGCUUGACUUUGAUCAAACCCAUGAAGACCAGUUGUUGAACCGGAUUGUGUCUCUCAUCGAACCAGGAGGGGACGACCAUAAGCUGACGCCUGCCUACCUGCUGUGUCUGUGUAUUCAACACUCUGCCUCGGCCUUCCCACCUGGGAAUUUUGGAAAGCUGCUGCUCAAGAUUGUUCGACGAAUCCAGACCAUUGCAUGGGAGAAGACAAAGGAGCUGGCUCAGAAGCAAGCUCAGCAUAGCCAGGACCCGGCCUCCUUGUCUCUGCUCAGUAUCUCAGACUUGAUCCCGGACCUGCAGACCAUCUUCUUCUGGAUGUCCAACUCCAUUGAGAUCCUCUACUUCAUACAGCAAAGAGCCCCAGCGUACACACACAGUAUAGAAACAUUGCAAGGGUCGAAGGAGUCAUUGCUAUCGGCGACCAUAUCAGCCAAUGAGGAGGCAAUGACCAUCUUGGAAGAAGUGAUCAUGUACACUUUCCAGCAGUGUGUCUACUAUAUCACCAAGGCUCUGUAUGUAGUGUUACCGGGUCUGUUGGACUGUAAUCCAUUCCCGGUUGACAGCUCUGAGCCCUGCUGGAAAGGAGGUGUCGGGUUUCCUGAACCUGUUCGCAGGGUGCUGCAGGUGUUUCAGAAUGCUCAGGAGCUUCUGCAGAACUAUCAGGUCCACCCAGAGAUCCAGGCUCAGAUGUUUGCUUACCUCUUCUUCUUCUCCAAUGUGUCACUUUUUAACCAGCUGAUGGACAAAGGUCCAACUCGAGGCUGGUUCCAGCGCUCCAAGGUGCUGCAGAUUCAGGCGUGUUUGCGGAUGGUCAUGGAGUGGGCGAAGAAGUCCGGUCUGGGACAUCUGUCUGAUAAAUUCUUCACCAAACUCAACAGCACUGUGUCCAUACUGACCACCCCCCCACAGCAGCUCACACAGUCAAGUUGGCGAGCUUUGUCCAGCGAGCACCCGGCUCUGAAACCGGUCCAGCUGCACAGGAUCCUCACCCAGUACCAGCUCACAGCUGAGUUAGGCCCUGUCCCAACAUGGCAGCCCAGCAGUGAGGACGAGGCGUACAUAUAUAGAACAGUGGACCUCCUGGAGAGCUUUGAGAACCAUCCCCCAAUAGUGCUGCCCAGCGCUGGCUUCAGAGUGGACCUGGACAGCGAGUGUAUAGAGGACAGCAUCUACAGACAGCUGCUCUACAUCCGACACUACCUGUGGGGGCUCCGCACCAAGUCCCAAACACACACCAACUCUUCCGGCGUGCACACACACUCCAACGGCACCAACACAGCUGACUGGCCAGACGUCCAGAGAGAGAUGUUGCCUCCGGCCCACAGCAGCCCCCGCUCAGGGGCUCCUGGGGACGAGGUGACGGCAGACACGGGAGAGGAGAGAGGACGGGACAGACCCCCAGGCCAAUCACACACACACAGCCUCCGGAGAAAUGGCACCCUCCACCACCCUCGGACUGUAAAUCCCGACCCGUCCUGCCUCCUGACCCCCCCAAACACCCCGCUGUAUCCAGAGGGAGGAGGAGGAGGGGGGACCGGACAGAUCAUAGGCCCCAACACCCAGAUUAACGGCUGUGCAAGAGGAACUUUGGCAGAAUGUAAAAAGAGCAACGGACUCAUCACCAACGGACUGGAGGUGGAGCUGGAUAAAGGACCCUACGGACUGGGAAUGGGACUCAUAGAUGGCCUGCACACCCCUCUCAAUGCUCCAGGCAUCUACAUCCGGACUCUGAUCCCUGACGGACCUGCUGCCUCUGACGGCAGGCUGAGGAUUGGAGACCGCAUCCUGGCUGUGAAUGGGACCAGUCUGAUCGGAGCAGACUACCAGAGCGCUGUGGAUCUGAUUCGUCUGGGAGGAGGUCGCCUACGCUUCCUGGUGGCCAAGUCCGACCCUGAAGUCUCAGAGAAGAUCAGCGCCUCCUCCUGCUGACCUCCUCGAAGAAGUGCACAACACACACGCAGAAAGACUGAGGAGAGAGGACAGCAGGACGAUGAGGGGCAAAGAUGUGUGCUUAUCAACAGGGUACACACUCACACAAACACACACACACACACACCGUACAGACAGGGCAUGAAAUAUGAAUGUGAAACCCAGCAACAGCACAAAGCUAAGCAAUCAAACUGGAGGUGACGCUCCACGACUCCUCUCCAGCUGCCAGACCUGCUCCCCUCACGCUGACUCCUACUGGGUUUGUGUGACAGACAGAAUCAGUAACCCACAGCGACAUCAAAGGAAUGUGCUGCGAGGAAAAGUUGCCUAAUUAAUCAGCGAGCUCUCCCCGGCCAGUAAGCAUUUUGCUGUGGUUUAAAAGCACAGUAGAUUGUAGAGUUUUAAUGUCUCCUCUGCGUCGGACGUCGGAGUAUCUGCGCACACUGGACUUUUUUCCAAACAUUUUUAGAAGAAUUUGUAUUUGUGAAUCGGACAUUAAGUAGCAUGAUUAAACGGCCACCCUGCUCUCAGACAGAGAGAACUCCGGAUGAACUUUACAACUCUAAAAGCAUUUGCAGACAAAGAAAACAGCCUCAGUGAUCCUUGAUGUCUAACACACAAAGUGAGUGCUUUCAGAGUGGAAUGUUUUAUAAACCCGUUUGUUAGCACGACCUCCGUCUGCUCCACAGACUCUACACCACUGUAUGAAUGUUGACUUCUGUAAUUCAGAGUGGCAGAAAAGGCAGAGGGAUCAAACUCCAGGAUGUGAACACAUACAGCCCAGCUCUGCCAUUUCACACUCACACCUCAUCCCUGGGCGUCACCUCUGCUGCAGAAGAGAUGAGACUCUCACAUCGUACACUCCCAGGAGAAGUGGGACUUUAUUUAUUGAUCAUCCAGGCGACAUGCUUCACUCCAGAGUUCCUGAUGCUCAGUCCUGGUGUGUGUAUAAACCACUCUUUCCUUGUGAAUAUAUGCUGUAUGUGUCAGGGUAUAAGGUGUAAAUAGUGUUUUGUAAAUAUUUAACACUUGGUCUUAAACUGUUUGGACAUUCAAAAGAGAAACUGCAUUUGGGGGAACUGCUCAAACCUUUUAAACCCACUGAUGGUUAAAAAGAAACAGUGUUGUCUGGAAUGACAGAGAUAGCUAUGGAUUUAGAUUUCUUAAUCAUAUUUAUUUGUUUCAAGCCCAAUCAGUAGGAUACAACGUGAGCACUGAAGAACUGCAUAUUACUGUUCACUCAAAUUACAAAAAUCUUUAAUAUUUGACUUAUGGAUGCACGAUAUUGGAUCUUUUGCCGAUAUCCAAUGUGCCGGUAUUUUACAACUCAUUUAGCCAAUUACCGAUAUUUUUUUCCGAUCAUCAAUCAUCAAUUCUUUUCUGUAUUGGAAUUAUCUUAGUGUUAUGGUGAUACUCUUAUCAUGUUUAUUAUGUAAUAUUCAUUUCUUGAUAAGAAAAAAUACUUCAUACUUAAAACUGCAUAUUUAUUUAUGACAAUUGCUUUCAAACAAAAUUCAUACAUAAAGAUACAUCCUACUUAAAACUUGGAUGAUGCUCUCCCUGAGACAAUCAUAACAAGACCCACAACCAGGGCCAAUUUGGCCAAUUUCACAUUUGACAUAGUAAGUAAACCUAACCUCUGUUCACAGGGAACAUGUGAAAAGUGCAACUGUACAGCAAUUAAACCCAAAUUAAAUAAAAUGUUUACUCUUUGACUGUAAAUGUGCCUAAAUUAGUCAGCUACAUGUACCUUACAGACUAGGGGUGAGUAUUGCCAAGAACCUUACAAUACGUAUCACGAUAGUUGGGUCACAAUACGAUAGUAUCACGAUAUCACAAUAUCACAAUAUUGUGAUAUUGUGAUAUUCUACACAGUAAACUAAGAAAAAAUAGAGAUGGUGUAAAUAUAAAUCAUACAAUAUUACUCAAAAUUGAAAGGACAAAUUAAGUCAAAACUAUUUGAUUGAAAACAACUUUUCCACUUUAUUGUUUUUGAAAUACUGAAUUUGUAUUUUAGUUCCAACUUGGCUAAAAUGUGAAUUUUUAUUAUUACAAAAAUAUCAAUAUUAAGAGUUGAAAUAUCGAUAUCCUAUUGGAGAUCAAAGUAUCGCGAUAUUUUGCUGUACUGAUAUUUUUUCACACCUAUUACAGACUGCUGCUUAAAUUUAACUUAAAACAUGAGCCCAUCAUGUGUGCAGCAGCCCAUUAUUUUAUCGGUUAAUUAUAUCGGUGGAUAUCGGCGUGUUGGCCGAUAUCCGAUAGUUAAUUUGAAAGCCAACAUAUGCCGAUAAUAUCGUGCAUCCCUAAUUUGACUCAGUGACUUACAGCCAUGCGUCCAGUUCUUUAAUAUGCUUGUCAUGGCUUUCCAGAUCUUGUCCAGUAAAGUAUUUUGAAGUGGCGUUUUAUUUCUGGCGUUGACGAAUCAUGAUGACACAUUUACCUGCACUUUUUUCCCCAGACAGUCAUAGCUGCUCUGUAUAAUCUACAAACCUCACUGUAGUUCUUUAUGACUGUUUCUCUCAUGUUAAUUUAUUCCAGUGAAGACUGUUCUCUGCGAAGUCGUUGGAUUAUCCAGAGUAGCAGCACUGAGCCUGAAGAUGAUGCUGAUUAACUGUCUUGGAGGGUAUUUUUGCUGAGCACAAAAUUAAAUCCUUUGACCUCCAUUGUAAUGAAGACGAAGCAGACAUCCCAAAGUCAUUUUUAAAACAUGUAAACCAAAACGGUUUGGCUACAUACCCAUACACAAUUUAACUGUAUGGACUAUGUGUUGAGCUAGAACAAUAACUGCUCACCUUUUGCAAAGGUCUAGGUCACUACAAGUGAAAGAGUGCCAUGCUUAGUCAGGUUUCUGCUGCUCUGACCUCCGCUCCACACAGUUCCCCUGAGACUCCCUCAAUCACACAGUCAGGAGCUGUGACCCUCCGCCCUCCGCACAGCUGGAGGUUGAGAUGUUCAAUGCCUCUGCUGUCACACAGGGGAACUGAACGCAGGGCGAUCCUUUUUAAUGCCUACAAGGGAUGCAGCUGUAAUGACUUUGAAUUUAAAAUAAAAUGUUUGUCAGAAAUGUAAGAAAAAUGUGGAAAAACUCCCAAAGACUAAAUCAGAUGUGUAUAAAAAAAUGCAACCCUUAAAAUGUACUUUGAAGAUGUUUUUCCUCAAAUUUAGAUCAAAAUGAUCAACUCAUUUUUGCAGCACUUCCAUUGAUGAUUGUACUUCUUUUCUUUUAUUGUUUACAACAUUGUAAAAGUUCUGGACAAACAGUUUCUUUUUUUCCAUCAGAUUUGUUUUCCUCUAAUCAUUUCUGCGCAGUAACAGUUUAUUGUUGUGCAUUUGAAGGUUUGUAUGACAUUUAUCUGAUGCAUGUCUAUUCUUUGCUCAUUAUUUAUACUGCUAAAAACAGACGGUACUUAAGAAUAAAGAUUGUUGGAUACUUGCA